AUGUUUUUCAAGAAGCAUGUAGAACCCAAGCCCUUAAGAGUGGAAGAGGAGCUGGGCCUUCUUUCAAACAGGCUGUCUGGAUCGAUAUACUAUGAAGACCGGGCCGAUGCACUUAGUAAGAUUUUAGAAAUGUCAAGGACAUAUCCUGUCGAGGUAGGUGUAUAUACACUUCAGGACGUGAUCCACUCGAUGGAAAAAAUGGAGGAUAUAUCCAUCCAUCUUGAUAUACUUAGCAAUGUUCUUAGAUGCACCCAUAGGUUGGAAUUUAUCGAUAUUGUUGUGAAAAACCCUGAAACUUUAAGGAUAUUGUGUGAUUGCAUUAAGUGUGGGAAGAAGGAAAAGGAAGUGUACGACCUACUUUGCAUUUUGAGUACUUCUGAGCUCUUUCCACGCAGGGCUGUAGGAAUCCCAGGUAUGGCUUACCACUGUGUCCAAAUGGCUAAAGAAAAGAAGAUGAGGCUGAUACCCAGACUUGUCGAGCAGGAUCAGAACUUUAAAAGAGAGUUAACAUUCAUGGGGAUAUUUGAGAAUCUUCUGAAAGUGCUUCAAGAUGGGUUUUUUAAAGAUGCAAUGUCCACUUUAGUAUUACUACUUAGGGAUUGUCCGUUCAAUCAGAAUUAUUUUGAUGAGUUAAAAUGGGAUUUUAUUCUCAACUUUAUAGACAAACAUCCUGGAGAAGUAUUUGAUGUUCUUUCUUGCCUGAUGGAUCCUAAGAAUACCGAGUUCAAAAAGAUACAAACCUCUAUUUAUGGAAAGGUUGACCUUAGACUCGUUCUCAAGUUUAAAAGAUGGAGUCUGCUGUAUCUUAUCGUAAAAGACAACAAGUCGUAUACAGAAAAGCUUCUUGAAAAUUUCGUGUUUGACAAAAUAGAAGAAGAACUAUCUAAGGAGGCUUUUGUGAGAAAGAGGAAUGAAAUAUAUCUAUUAGUUGACUACCUUCUUUUCUGGAACGAUUUUGAUGCUUCAAAAUUAGACUCGUACAAAAUAUACACAAUGAAGAGCUUGAGAGAACAGCAUAUUUCUACAAAUGAUUUGAUUGAGAGGGCUUUUGAAACAAUCUGCCAAUUUGAUAAUAAAGAAGAGGGUGCAUCGUUUGAUGCAUUGAUAUUUAUAAUCUUCAACUUUGAAAAGACUAAGGCUGAAAAAAUGAUUCCUACACUCUCCGAGAUAUUUGGUGAUUAUACUAGACCUAAAUUACAUAGAUCUCUAUGUCUUAUCAUUCUUCUAAUGCUCGAAAUAAACGUAGACAGAAUUGGCAUUAAUCACUAUACUGCAGACCAUAUGUUAAGAGAGGCAAGACUUCUUCUGUGCUCUAUAGACUUGGAAUCGCCGCUUUAUCUCACUAACGAGAUGGUGGAUAUCCUUGUAAGUAGUAUUGGAGAUUUAAUUCGUAACAGAUAA